GUAAACACCAUUCAUUUCACGGCUCAGCCCUUAUAUGCAGCAACACAGAACGUUCAUAUUGGUUUGUUCAUCACACGCAGGUAGAUGCGGAAUAUUAUGCUGCAUGCGACGAAUGGUGCCAAUAUUUCGUCGCCAUCCGUGUUCGUAAUCUUGUAGAGGAUAUCUCGUCUACUGAAGAUGGCAAACGAACAGACUAAAGAAGAGACUUAUGCUUAUUACUACCACACAAAUUACAUCAGAAAUGCCCGUGCCAUCGCCAUCGCCUGGGCCAUUUUUACCCUCUGCUUCUUCAUCAUAGUUUUGGUGGUGUUUGUUCAGCCAUACUGGCUCGGGGACGGACCCAAUGCCAAUGGAAUAGGGAACUUUGGACUAUAUCGAUACUGUACGAGUUACAGUACGACAGGUGCUGAACCAACAACAUGCGAGGGAGGGGUGUUUGAUUUCUCCGGUGUUAGAGGGGCUGAUGGUUUGGUGGUAUCGUCAAUGGUUGCAGCCACUGUCUUCGUGGGUCUUGCUGUUAUUUUCGUGGCCUUAUCUAUUAUUUCCAUGCUCCUCUUUCUCUGUAAAGGCCCAUUCAAGACGGGUACAGUGUUCGCCAUUUGCGGAGUUUUCCAGUUACUUUCAGGCAUCUGUCUACUCCUUGGAAUUCUUAUAUAUCCAAGUGGCUGGAGCCAACACUCUGCCUAUAAAGCUCUCUGUCAGGAUUCUAUCAGCUAUACAGACACGAAGGGAUGUGAAUUACGAUGGGUCUUCUUCCUAGCCAUCAUCGCUGUCUUUGAUGCCUUUAUAUUGGCCAUACUAGCCUUCAUCCUGGCCAGUAAGCAAGGCAAACUCUACAUGGACAUGCACUUCUCGGACUACUACAAGAAUGGCAAAAGUAAUGGGGUCCAGCCCAAGCCGAAGAAGCAUGGUACAGUCAACUCCACCAUCUUCAACACCUACCCAGCUGUCCGUGAGAACAACCGACCCCGCAUCAACGGAUCAGCAAGCAGAGACAAUACAGAUGGAACCAACAGCAUCCCAAGGGUGGAAGAUGAUCUUUACGCUCAGGUAAGACCUCGGUCGGUUCGUGAUGCAGAGAGCCACGGGGCUGCCGAUGACGAGCUGUCGAGUACGACGCGUAGCUCCAAAAGUGCCGGGAAGUCGUCACGGAAGUCGAGCAAUCGCGAGCACAAUGUUACCAUUUGAUUCGAUUUAGUCAAUAGAUGAUCUACAGUAGACUAUGAGUGAUUGAAGAUUUUGGAUGUAGCCUUGUACUAUGUGAUGUAUGCAUUUGAACAUGAAUGUCUUCCCGUGUAUGUGUACCCAUAAUACUCUGCGAAUACUGUGUCAUGAAGAAUGUCAUCACUAUUUAUCGUUCACUGAAAUGAGCACUGGCUGCUGACUGUUACGAUGACAACUCAGUAGAGUGGUGUAAUGAGAUUUACAGAAUUGAAGAUCGGGUGUUGGAUACAUGCAAAUAUUGUAGAAAUUUAGCGCUAUCGAACGAAGCGGUCAAGCAAUAAUUUUUGUUAAAAUCAUUUAGUGACUCGGAAAACGACAGCAAAGGUGUUGACCAUCUUCAUCGAAUGUUCAGGUUGCAUUGGAUGGUUUAGGGAAAACAGUACAUGUAUCCCAGCGCUCAGGGUACAAUGUGCUAAUCUAGUGUUCUUCCAUUAUGAUGUCCAUCAUGAGUAAAAACAUAGGAAUAGAUUCUGGAAAAGAUUAUACUGACCCGUAUUCCGAACUAUAUCUCUGGUUUAAAGUUAUGAUUUAAAUAUGAAUAGCUGAUAACAAAUACAAGUUAUGACAGUUGGCCUUCAUCAUGUACAUGUUCAGUUUAUCAGCAGACAUUCAAAUCAUUCGUAAAUGUCUGUGAAUAAUAGCUAAAAGCGUCAAGAAACAGCAUGUAAAGGAGGUCAUGAUUUUUCGGCUUUUCAUAAUUUUGAUGAUUUUAGAGAAGUUACUCGAUGUGCAAACUGUAAAAAAAUGAGAAUUUUAGGAAGAGGAUUAGGCAGGUAUUUUUUUUAGAAGGAAGUUGAGUGAAAACUGAUAAGUGAUUAUUGCUGUUUGUACAGAUAAUAUUUAUAUUCCAAGGUGGGUUUUGCAUGAAAUAGAAUUAUAGAUGCAUAUGCUUUGAAAGAAUAUAAGUUUGAAUUGUAUCCUUUAACAUCAUGUAUGUUUUAAAUCGUAUAUCUUAUAGCGUUAAUAGGUGGAUCGGAUUCCCGUGUUGUCAGCCAGCAGGUAACCUUAAAAAAAAUCCUUUCAUUAUUUUCAGCUGAAUAUAGCUGAUCUGCAUGUAGUUUCGCAAAUGUAGAUGCUGUUUUGCAAAUGUGUGUAACUGUGUAUACCCAGUGGAAGUUGCUUUUGCGUGUACAUAAAAACAAAGCAUGUAAAUUUAUAAUUUCAAAGAAUUAUUAAUUAGAUAACAGCUGCUAAAGCUUUGUGCAUCUGUUCUUAUUAUAUCACGUAUACUUACAGUAUUAGACAGUGAUAUUUUACUUAUAUUUUGGUUUUUAUGAACUUUCAACAUAUUCGAUUCGCAUCAUUGAGAUUAUAUUUAAACUUUUGUACGGAGAAAAUAAAUAGGUUUUUUAUGUUUGCUUAUGGCCGUACGCAGUCCGGGGCAGAAAUUUAAAAACUUUGUUGUUCUUAAAAAAAUCGUCAUAGGUGUGCACAGAAUCCUUCAAUUUCACUUCAGAAAAUGACAAAGCUCGGUCGCUUCGCUUUCGAAAAACCUUACUCGUCUUUGCCCCCCCCCCCCGGAAAAAAAAUUAUGCAUACGGCUAUAUGCUUGUUCUGGAUUUACAUGCUUUCUUUAAAAAAUUGCAUAAUACUUAAAAUAUAUUGAUGGAAAGGAACAACUGAAUCCCCCAUUAUUAUUUGCCACUUGCUGCACGUAUUUUAAGCCACUAAUUUCAAGCACCGAUACUUGAAGAAAGUAGAAAUCAUUCUUUGAUAAUAGGUAUUGAGAAGUAAAUGCAUGUCUCCAGCAGGAUGCUUUUUGAUUAGAUGGCAGGUUUUUUUCUUUUUAAGUAUAAUAAUUUGCACGAUUCGAACGUUGCAUGUAAUAAAUAUAUUUCUUGAAUCUGACAUUAUUUUGUAUGAUUUCGCAAAUUAUUUAGCCCUCAAACUUUGUAGCAUUAUAUGUUGUCAAUUUUCUUCGUACUGGAAGCUAUUUUUAUGCAUGUAUGUCUUGUCAUAAUUGCGUAUAGACAGUAAUGUAUCUAAAAUUCAGAUUAACCAUGUCUAGAUAUAGCAAGUUAAAUUAGCUUGCUUUUUUGACAGGAAGCAUCAUGAAUUUUGAAAAGAAAUCAUGAAAGUUUCAUGAUAGUAGAAUAUCUGCUUGCAACACUUAGGCCUUGAGGCAAGUGCAUUUCUUAUGUAAAAAACUUACAUUGUACUGUAAAGAAAUAAUUGUUUGUGGCUGUUACUAUGACUCAUACAUUCUUUAGAGAUGCAUGUGCACUUUCUAUUAGUUUUUUUUAAUGAAAACAUUCAUAUUUUAGUUGUUUAGAGCAGAUUAAGUGGUAAAUAUUUGUAUCAUGAAUCAUAGAUUUAGAAUAUUCACUUCAAGAUUGCGGUGUUCACUCUUUAAUUUCUACAUGUAUUUAUGGAAUUUACACACAUCAUAAAAACUUGUCAGGAACAUAUAUGUUGACGGUUCACAUAAACGAAAAUAAAUGAAUAGAAUAUAAUAUUUUUUAAUUCCUUAAUUUCCUUUCCAUAUAAUUGCAACUUGUUGUAAAAUUAAAACUAAAAUUCAAAGUGCAAGUAGAUUAGAAAAUCAUUACAAAACAUUCAGAUUGAGCAUGAAAAAAAUGUAUUAGGUUUCCAAAUUGAAUUCAAUUACAUCAAUACUUAAUACCGUCUAUACCAUCCGUUCUAGUUAUGUUUAUUAUGUUUAUAAACCACAAAUAGGCUCAUCCAAGAACCUUCAACUUUAUUACAUUCUUGAAUAAAAAAUAAUUUAGAAUUUUGUAAUAUAUAAUUUUUCUCUACAAGGUUACACCUGACAACUCGAGAACAAGAUUUGUCACCUGUCACGUGACUGAUGUCGUCAGAACAGAUUCCAAGCCAUUUAGAUAUACUUUGAAGAAUCGUCACAUCGGUAAUUCUGUGAGAUGAUGCUAAAUAUGCAAGGAUGAUUAAAAUAAAAUAAUAUAAGUGUAGGCUUUGUGGGGAUCGCACAAUGCUUAUAGAACUAGUCUUCUUGAAUAUGCUUGCCAUGUAUUAUUAUGUAAGUAAUGUAAGUGUUAAAAUGAAGGGCAAGUUCAAGAUAGUGCAUUUUAAUAAAGAAAAUAAUGUUAGCCACGCAUUGACAUCGAAUAUACCAUUUCGAUUCGUAUUUUAGUCUUAAUUUAAAAAUUUCUUUUAAAGGUUAUAUAAUAACUCAUAUAUCACCAGAAAUGAAUACAAUUGAUUAUUAUAGGUAAUUUAAUUAACCAUGAAAAUGAUCCAGUAUGACUCCUUAAGUAUACAGGUUGUUAGAAAAAAAGUAGGACCCUUUAGAGAAAAAAAAGUUUUCUUACGUCACUAGAUCGAAGGUGUAAGCUUAAAAAUAUGUGUAAAAAGUAUAGUAUCUAAAUGUAUUUGCUGAAAUUUUUAUAUGAUGUAUUACGUGCACUGUGUAUUGGUUAUACCGAGGACCAUUUACAUAAAUUAUAUAGAGACGAAGAUGUGCCUAUUUUAUUAUUCUGUUAUUAGUGAGUACGUUUUAUUUCUUCACGUAUAUUCAAUUGUUUUCGUAAAUUCUAAUGCUGUAGAAUAUUUUUUUAUACUCUAAGAUUGUUAUGUAAUUCACAAUGUUCAGAAAUUACCGUUGAAUUAUUGUGUAUAUUUUGUUUUGAUUGUCUUAGUCCAUAUAUUCAUCAACAUAACAGGUUGAUUUUGACAGAGUGAAAACUUAAUGAGAUAAGCAUAUCGCUGAAAAUUUAUUUAUUCAAUGGUUAGAGUGGACUCACUAUUACACCCAGCCCGGAAAACAGCUGGUAGAGACUAGUAAUUUUCUUUCCAUAAUCUCUCUUUUAGCAAUUUAUUAUUUUCUUUGUUUUCCGAUGAUAGAACACAAUUCACGAUGUGCCGGAAGGCCCAGAAAAGGGUCUUUCUUUUCCUUUUUUUUCAUUAAUUACCAUAGGGUUUAUAUGAAUACUGUUAACGUGAAUUUAGAGGGAAAUGCAAAGCUUUAAAUGUUCAUGGCUUAUCUAUUAUGUGCUUUAUUGAUGCUUGAAGACCCAUAUAGAAAUAUUAUCUCGAUUAGAAUUUAAGAGGGGUUUUAAAGAACAAAGGUUGGUCCUUAACUGCCUCCGCCUAUUUACAAAUAUGAUUACGGAAUUAUAAUCAUGAUAAUGAUACACACGCUUCAAUAAAACAUACCUGAAAAUUUAUCUUAUUAUGUGCAUGUACCGACAUUAUGGGGAAACCCAGUUCUUAAUGAGAAGUGGGGGUUUAAAAAGUACUAUAAAUAAAUCUGUGCAUAAAAUAAAUGUUUUGCUAAGUGAUAAGGGGGGGGGUGUUCAUAAUGCAGUAAGUUUUCAACUUCAUUUAGCAUGUAGUAUAUGUUGUAGAAAUAGAGCAGGUUGUAUCAAAAUAUAAAAUACAUAUUAAUAAUUAUCAUAGAACAGUGUUCACCAAAAUUGAUCCUUGGUAUACAUAUAUUCAUGUAAUGAUUUCUCAACUGAAUGUCUAAGCUCACAGUUCAAGUAUGUGUAAAUAAUUCAUAUUCUAUAUGUAAAGUUCAAUUGGUUGUAUAGGGGUUUUGGGCGUUUUAUUUCUUUUUUUAUAUGGACCAUGAACAGUAAUAUAACCUCGCCUCCUCUACUCAUUAGUUUGUUGGGAAGAAUGUUAUCGUGCCUCCAAUAAAACAUUUGUUGCCCUCAUAUUUCAUGGUAUUUUCUUGGUCGACAAUAGCUUCAUUGUAUGUACACGUUCAAUGAAAACUGUAAUCGAAACCGAAUUCGAUACCUGAUAUAUUUUCUUCACAUCAAUCUUAACCCUAUUUUCAAAGAAAUUAUGGCAGGAUCGAGCAGCAAUCUCAAGAAUGGAAUAACGUGCCAACCAUUCAUUAACCAACGACCUGCUUGUACUUUUUUUAUACACACGUGUAAUGUAUAUAUAUUAAAAAAUAUAUUUAUCAAGGAUGGAUUGUGAUGUAGAAAUUUCACAUUAUUGAGAAAUAAAAUUUCAAAAAGUUCAAUGCUUUGUA